AGCAACGCUGCCGUUUUCAACAAACGCCUAGCGGUGCGUUUGGAUGGAAGCAUUUGGCGAGUUCUGAAUAAUGCCCAAUUAAAUGAGAGAGCAAUAACCGGGACAGUAACUCCGACGGCACACGCACAACGAAGAAGAAAGAAAAGAAGAAGCUUAAAGAAGGCAUAAAAGAUAUAUCCCUUUCUUCGAAUUCAGAAAGAUUUACAGAUUACACUCCUCCAAUCUGAUGUCUUCACUUGUUCCUUAAGGAUUUAACAGGUUAAAUGCAUGACUAUCUUUGUAGUGUCGGGCCGAAGUUGCAGUAGAUUUGGAGAAGGAAUGAUCAAGAAGAUUUUUUUAUACGAGAUGUAACUGUAAGUGUACGUCCGUGAAUGAAUAAAUAGGUAGUCAUCUCAUCUGUAAGGAAUGUUUUCUAUAAAGGAGUAUUUAUGCAUGUCAUGUCAAAAAAAAAAAGAGGUAGUAUUUAUGCAUGAUUUUUAUUGUAGGAGAGCUUAUAAUUUUUAGAUCAUCUAAGCAUGAAAAUAUAUUAAUGCUACACGUGGUAUAGAAUUAAGUUACGAGCUUCGUAUAUAGUUAGAUUUUAAACAUAAAAUGGAGCCCUAUAUGUAGAAUAGAUGUCUGUAUUAUGAACCAGUUAACACUGAUGCCUUUGAGUGGAUAUAUACUGGACGUUGUUUGGUAGUUGGCAAGGCUCUGUAUGCUGUGCAUGUACCUCAGACUAUGCCAAUAUGGUGGUCUACUUUCCCAUCAGUAGAUGCGCAAGAAAUGUGGUCCGCUUGAGUGGACACGUUCAAAGACGGAUGAGGAAUGUCGUUUGUGCUAUGGUGUCUCAAGUGCCAUCUAGUUCAUGUUGUCUCCAUGUCUCCAGUGGGCAUUCCGGAUCAAAAUAUGCUAACAUGUCUGUCUCCAAGGCACAUUCUUGUUCAUCUGUAAUUAGCUUUCGAGCAUUUCAGGGAAGCUGUUUUGGUUCCAGCAACUCCAAGCAGAGGGACAACUGGAAUUCAUUGACGGUUAGAAGUAUAGUUAGUUCCCAGAAGACAUGCUUUGAUAUUUCAUGGGGGUGCCAAGAUAUGAAUAUGAAGCUUUUAGCGCCGAAACAUAGAACUAUUCGAAAAACCAAAUGUCGUGUGGGUUCAGUAUCUUCUUGGGCACGGGGAUGUGCUUCUGCUGGACUAAUUUUUGGAUUAUUGGUUUGUUAUUCGAGUCCUGAACCAGUACAUGCUGAAUCAGCCCAGGCAAAGGAGAACAAAGAAGAUGACUGUGAUUCCUCAUCUGUUGGCUUUUCACAUGGGAAGAAAGUCUACACUGACUACUCAAUUAUAGGCAUACCCGGAGAUGGAAGAUGUUUGUUUCGCUCUGUUGCUCAUGGAGCUUGUUUACGAUCAGGGAAACCAACUCCAAGUGACAGCCUUCAAAGAGAAUUAGCAGACGAAUUACGGGCUAGAGUCGCGGAUGAAUUUGUCAGAAGACGGAAAGAGACAGAAUGGUUUAUUGAAGGUGAUUUCGACAUUUAUGUUUCGAAAAUGAGGAAGCCACAUGUAUGGGGAGGUGAGCCCGAAUUGUUAAUGGCUUCACAUGUUCUCCAGAUGCCAAUCACAGUGUACAUGUAUGAUGAGGAUUCUCGUGGCCUGAUUUCGAUUGCCGAGUAUGGGCAAGAAUAUGGGAAGGAGAAUCCUAUCAGAGUCCUCUACCAUGGUUUUGGCCAUUAUGAUGCCCUGCAGAUUCCUGGGAAGCAGGGUGCCAAAUCAGGGCUUUAGCACUAAUGCGAGAGAAAAAAAAAGGAGCAGCGGCCUGAUAUUUUUGAUAUUCUUACUUUGGGGCUGUGACAACUGCGAUUGAAGUUGGUGGGUGGAGGAGCAACUUAGAAUGAGGACUAAUUGGUAAACUGGGGCUAAUAGUCGAUGCCUGAGGUAUUUUUUACUGCUAAACAGGACUGAUUAUGUUCGAGUUGUCUGAUUGGUGACCUGAAAUCUGAGAUCAGCCAAAUGUUUGUUAUUCGUGGUAGGGUCCACUAGGACCCUGGUUAUAAUAUAAUUUAAGCCAAUGUCUGGAUAGAAUAUAAUUCAGGCCGAAAGGACAAAUAAUUCAAUUUCAUAUAAAUAUGUUGUAUUUGGAUUCUAUGGUUACAAUCCAACAAAUGGAUUGGUACGAGUUUGAAGAGACUUUUGAGAUUUGGAUUAA